AUGGCCUUGCCCUUGGCUUUUCUGCUGGCCCUGGUGGUGCUCAGCUGCAAUAACACCUACACUCUGGGCUGUGACCUUCCUCAGAUCCAAAACCUGGGUCUUGAAACUCCUGAGAAAAAUGAGGAGGGGUCCCUGACACUCCUGCAAAAAAUGAGGAGAAUUCCUACUUUCUCUUGCCUGAACUACAGAAAAGAAUUUACUUUCUCCCAGGAACAGCUGGAGGGUGAGCAGGUACAGAAGGCUCAAGCUGUUGCUGUCCUCCAUGAGAUGACCCAGCAGGUCUUCAACCUCUUCAGCACCCAGGAGGCCUUUGCUGCUUGGGACAAGACCCUCCUGGACACCUUC